CGGCAAGAUAGUUUGUUCAAAGUUUGUACACAAAAUUUGAGCUGGGUAUUCUUCUGCUAGACAAUGGAUUUGCAAGCUCUCCUGUGCGAGAUCAACAGAUUGGAAGUCCGAGACUUCUUCCGAGUUUGCAAAAUUGGAAUGGACAAGCAGUUAGCCCCCAGAUGAAGGCGUUGAGCGAACUGGAGUUUAGAAAAGCAUUUCUCAUUCUAAACUACAUUGGGGAAGGAAAUCUUGAAGAUGCCAUAGACAGUGAUAGGAUUAGACAGCUGAAAGAUCUCAGAAUGUUUGAAUUUGAGGCAGCAGUCUGGAAUGCCAUUGGACAGUCUCAUGUCGAGAAAGAUGACCGUUGUCUGCAUGUUGACUGGGAUUCUGGAAGGACACACUUCUACCAUUGUCACGUUUCACCUCAGGGGUGUUAUCAUUUUAAAGUAAGUUUCUUGGCUUUUCUCUUGAACGUAUACUGUAAGCCUUGAAUUCUGACUCUUGG